CGCAGUGAAAACCCAGGGCCCGCGAAGCGUCAGAAGCCCCUUCACCCGGCCCGGCUUCGCCUCCAGUCCUUGGGGGUACUGUACGGCCCAGUCACUCCCGCCUCGACACCCCCGCCAGGUUUCCCUCGCCCUUUCCGGCCGGGGCUGGUCGCGACUGCGCGCGCAGGGCCUCAGCGGGCGCCGGAGGGAAGGGGAAGCGGGUAGUAACAGAUUAUGGGCAACAGUCCUUUUAAUUAAUCUACCAUCAUCAUGGCUAAUGAGGGCUGUCCCAAGGCUGCUGAUAGUCCUUUUUCAUCAGAUAAACAUGCCCAACUCAUCUUGGCCCAAAUCAAUAAGAUGAGAAAUGGACAGCAUUUCUGUGAUGUGCAGCUGCAAGUUGGACAGGAAAGUUUUAAAGCUCAUCGGCUGGUUUUGGCUGCCAGCAGUCCUUACUUUGCAGCUUUGUUCACUGGAGGAAUGAAAGAGUCCUCAAAAGAUGUUGUACCGAUUCUAGGAAUUGAAGCAGGAAUCUUUCAGAUACUUCUAGAUUUCAUUUACACAGGUAUAGUGAACAUAGGUGUGAAUAAUGUCCAGGAGUUGAUUAUUGCAGCAGACAUGCUACAGUUGACUGAAGUUGUUCAUCUUUGCUGUGAAUUUCUGAAAGGACAAAUUGAUCCACUGAACUGCAUUGGAAUUUUUCAGUUCUCUGAGCAAAUUGCAUGCCAUGAUCUCUUGGAAUUCUCAGAAGACUACAUUCAUGUCCAUUUCUUAGAGGUUCAUAGUGGAGAAGAGUUCUUGGCACUUACUAAAGAUCAACUGAUCAAAAUUUUGCGAAGUGAAGAGCUUAGCAUUGAGGAUGAAUACCAGGUCUUCUUAGCUGCAAUGCAAUGGAUUCUGAAAGAUUUGGGAAAAAGAAGAAAAUAUGUGGUGGAAGUGCUAGACCCAAUUCGAUUCCCUUUAUUACCUCCUCAGAGACUUUUAAAGUACAUAGAAGGAGUAUCCGAUUUUAAUCUUCGUGUUGCAUUGCAAACACUUCUGAAAGAGUACUGUGAAGUAUGCAAAUCUCCCAAAGAGAACAAGUUUUGUAGUUUUCUGCAGACAUCUAAGGUUCGACCUCGGAAGAAAGCAAGAAAGUACCUGUAUGCAGUAGGUGGAUAUACUCGGUUGCAGGGGGGUCGCUGGAGUGAUAGCAGAGCCCUCAGCUGUGUAGAACGUUUUGACACCUUUAGCCAGUACUGGACCACUGUGUCUUCACUUCAUCAGGCUCGAAGUGGGCUGGGAGUAACAGUUCUGGGAGGGAUGGUCUACGCUGUUGGAGGUGAAAAGGAUUCAAUGAUUUUUGAUUGUACUGAAUGCUAUGAUCCAGUUACUAAACAGUGGACAACUGUAGCUUCGAUGAAUCAUCCCCGCUGUGGCUUAGGAGUGUGUGUGUGUUAUGGGGCUAUCUAUGCUUUGGGUGGAUGGGUUGGAGCUGAGAUAGGGAACACCAUUGAACGAUUUGAUCCUGAUGAAAAUAAAUGGGAAGUAGUUGGUAACAUGGCUGUGUCACGCUACUACUUUGGGUGCUGUGAAAUGCAAGGUUUAAUUUAUGUAAUUGGGGGCAUCAGCAAUGAAGGAAUAGAACUUCGUUCUUUUGAAGUCUAUGAUCCACUUUCUAAGCGUUGGUCUCCACUUCCUCCAAUGGGAACCAGGAGAGCAUAUCUUGGUGUGGCUGCACUCAAUGACUGCAUCUAUUCUAUUGGAGGAUGGAAUGAGACCCAAGAUGCUCUUCAUACUGUAGAAAAAUAUUCCUUUGAAGAGGAUUUUCUAUAUACAAGAUCCUAUCAUCUGUAAAUAAAGAUUGUUUGCUGAGUGCAGUGACUUAAACCUGUAAUCCCAGCACUUUGGGAGGCCAAGGUGGGUAGAUCACAUGAGCCCAGGAGUUCAAGACCAGCCUGGGCAAUAUGGUGAAAACCCUGUCUCUAUAAAAAAUGUGAAAAUUAGGCAGGUGUGGUAGUGCACGCCUGUAGUCCCAGCUCCUCAGGAGGCUGAGGUGGGAGGAUCACCUGAGCCCAGGAAGGUCAAGGAUGCAGUAAGUCAUGAUUGCACCACGGCACUCCAGCCUGGGCCACAGAGUGAGACCUUGUCUUUAAAACAAACAAACAAAAAAGAUUGUUUUACUUCUUCUUAAAUCUGGAUUAAAACUAGAUGCAUUUUAUUUCAUUGUUUUCCCCUCAUUACCCUAGCUAGAACCUCUAGUACAAUGUUGGAGUGGCAAGAAUGGACUUUCAUGUGUUG